AAACACACAACUUUGGUUGGCUUUUUGCGCGAUCGCUAUGCAACAAUACCGUUACUAAACUGCAUAACACAAUUAAAACGAAAUCUAUAUAUAAGAUCGGAUGCUGUUGAUUAGGCCCAGUUGCGGUCUAAGAAGGAACAAUACCGUUCAUAGAAAAAUGAACAUUUUUAUCAUAGUUUCCUUCUUAGUUGUGGCAUUAGGCACCGCUCUUUGCCACCAUCAUGAACACUACUUUAUACCCCACUAUCACUUUAAAUACGGGGUGCACGAUCCGCAUACAAAAGACCAUAAAUCCCAUGAAGAACAUCGUCAUCAUGACGAUGUUGUAGGAUCCUACACGAUCGAUGAACCAGAUGGUUCCAAGCGAAUCGUUGAAUACACCGCAGGAAAACAUACGGGAUUCCGGGCGAUUGUUAGGCGAAUAGGACCAGCCCAUCAUCCACAUGGUUCCAGUUUCUAUGGAGUCACCCAUUGGGGAUUCGGAUCGGGGAGAUAACCGCCCAUAGUACCAACCAUCAAAAGACUCAACUAGAGAUUAAGAGAAAUUUUGUAUGUUUUGCUAUUACUGGAAAUUAAAGAAAGAAGAGCUGAAUAAU